UUAACAGCCCCUUGGCAGGGCAGGCAGCACGGCCAGCAGCAGCACCCAGCCACCAUGGCGCUCAGCAGCCGCCUCGCCUUGCCCCUCCGGCCCACCCUGGCAGCUCUGCGCUGGGCAGCCCCCAGGCAGUGCCGGGGGCUCAGCACCCCCCAGGUACCAGGGCACACAAUUGACCUUGGGGGCAUCUUCCCACCCCUCACUACGCCCUUCUCACCCACGCAAGAGGUGGACUAUACCCAGCUGGAGGGGAACCUGUGCCGAUACGCCAGCAUCCCCUUCCGAGGGCUGGUGGUGCUGGGCUCCAACGGGGAGUACCCUUACCUGGCACCCCAAGAACGGCUGGAGGUGGUGAGCUGCGUGCGCCGGGCUUUGCCCAGGGACCGCCUGCUGCUGGCUGGCUCGGGCUGUGAAUCUACCCAGGCCACCAUCAAGAUGACGGUCAGCAUGGCAGAGGCAGGGGCUGACGUGGCACUGGUUGUGACACCCUGCUACUACCGGGGAGCCAUGACCAGUGCUGCCCUGGUCCAGCACUACACGGAGGUCGCCGACGCAUCCCCCAUCCCCGUGGUGCUCUACAGUGUCCCUGCCAACACCAGCCUGGACCUGCCCUUGGAGGCUGUCCUCACCCUGGCUCAGCACCCCAACAUCCUUGGAAUCAAGGACAGCGGUGGGGACAUCACCCGCAUAGGGCUGAUGGUCCACAAGACACGGAAGGAGGAUUUUCAAGUGCUGGCGGGAUCGGCUAGCUUCCUGCUGGCAAGCUAUGCCCUGGGUGCCUCUGGGGGGGUCUGCGCCCUCGCCAAUGUCCUGGGGGGCCCGCUGUGCCAGCUGGACCGCCUGUGCCAUGAGGGCGGCUGGCAGGAGGCCCGCGACCUGCAGCACAGGCUCAUUGAGCCCAACGUGGCGGUCACCCGCCGGUUUGGGAUCCCAGGGCUGAAGAAGGCCAUGGAGUGGUUUGGCUACUACGGGGGUCCCUGCCGUGCACCCCUGACCCCGCUGAGCCCCUCCCAGGUUGAGGAGCUGAGGAGCACCUUCAGUGCCAACGGCUGGUUGUGAUGGGUUGCCCCCCUGCCCCUUCCCACACUCGAAAGGCAGGGGAGCCAGGGACUUGAGGAGCUGGGGACAUGGUGGGGACCCUGGGAUGUGGCCAGGAGAAAGCCACCCAUCUCACUCCUUCCUGCUGGACAGGGCUGCCCUAGGCAGAAUGGGUAAGGGGGACACCCAGCACUCCUUGGCCACCCUCGCACCUCUGCCAGCCCCUGGGGUCCCACUGUCCCCACCUGAGAAGGGAUGGAUCCCGGCACUGUGACCUGCAAAUAAACCUGCUGGCCCCGCUC